UAUAGGGGCAGUUUAAAAGUAGCAUUUGAUACAAAACAUAUAAAACAAAAAGAAAAGCAACGAAUGAGAUUUGAACACUCAUCAAUCAGUGUAUGCAGAUUGGUAAGAUUGUUAAAAGAAAACACACCCAGGAAUUCAGUAGAAAGAAAAUAAAAUCAGACAAAAGUGCUUCUCUAGCUCCAAGUAAUGUUCUGGUUGAAAGAGGAGCUGUCUUCAAUCAUGUUUUUGUUUAUUAAUUUUUUGUUUAGGACCACAGGGAAAUAUGGAGGAACUAGCAUGGUGUUGGAGAGCAGAAAAGCCAGGUUUUGAGGUAUGGAUUGGUUCUAAAAACUGAUCUUUGUCUGGAAAGCCAGACAGGUGUUGAAAAAGAUGGCUAUACCAACUAUUUUUUUAAUCUUCAGGUGCCUCACCUAAGAAUCUUAGAUUAGCAUUUAGAAUGGAAACUCUGUGGUUUAUCCCUUUUACUCUAAGCUACAGAGUUCAACUUUGAAAUGAAGUUUCAUGCCUCAGCUAACCCUAUUUGUUUAUUUGGCUGGCUCUAAUGUUCUGUGUACAGUUUUUGUUUGAUAAAAUAUUGUUAACUGAUAUUCUUUAAUAAUGGCUGACAAAUAUUUCACCCAAUUUCACUGAUUUGUAAGGAAAGUAACCCCCCCAUGAAAAAGAUGCAAAAUCUCACCAUUUUAAAUUCUUAAUGGUUUUCUACAUCACCAUAAAGAAGAGUUGUAAAGAAAGAGACCAGACUAUUUUAGUGCAUUCUUUUGUAGUAAGCAUAGUGAAAAGCAAUGAGAAAUCAGCCACACACCAAAAAAGGAAAAAAAAAAUACUAGUUCACUGAGGAUUAAUAAAAUUGGGAUAUGGGUCAAUGCUGGUCCAGUAGGUGAGCUCCAAUUAUGUUCUAAUUUCAUAUUUGGAAGCAUUAAAAGAGUGUCAUUAAUAAAUUCCCCAUACUUUAUUCUCUAUAAACCUAAUAUAAAGUCGAGCAUCCUCAGUUUUAAAGGUGCUCCUACCCUUGAACCACCUGAUAAAGCAGAGUUUCAUAUAAGCAGAUCCAGAGAGAGAGAGGGAGUUUACUAGAUAUGGCUGUUGACAUCCCAUCUUAUGAUCCAGCAGAUGAUGACUAUAUAGACAUGGAAGUUAGUUCAUACACCAACUUUCUAUGCCACUCCAAAAGCUCUCCGCCGCGUCCCAGAGAGUUCGAGUUUCAAAUGUCUUUGAAUUCUCGGGGGAGAGAGCCUACAACUUCUCCGGCCGAUGAGCUCUUCUACAAUGGAAAGCUUCUUCCCCUUCACCAUCCCCCACGCCUGCAAAUGGUAGAGAAACUCUUGCAGAAGUCUAAUUCUGAUUAUGAUUGCAGAAAAGACAAUUUUGAAGAAUUUUACAGCACUCCAUUAACCACUGCUGUCAAUACACCUACUGCAACAAGUACCCCCUUUGAAUCCUGCAACAUUUCUCCUUCUGAAUCUUGUCGGAUUAGUAGGGAACUAAAUCCAGAUGAAUACCUUCUAGAGUAUUCAGCAGAUGCAACUUAUUUGAAUGGUGAAAGUUCGAAAAAGUCUUGGACCAGAAAGCUUAAGCAUUCUUCCCUUGGUCUCAAGCUGAAAGCUUCCAGGGCUUACAUCAAAUCUUUGUUUACAAAAUCAGGCUGCUCAGAUGAGUCCUGUGCAGCAGCCACAAAGAUUGCAGAUGAAGGAUCAGCUUCAAAAGCCCACGAAUGUUCAAAGAAGUGUGCUAAAGUGGAAAAGAGAAAGCCACUUGGACAAAUUCCAAGCUCUAUUGCCAAUUUCAACAAGGAAAAAGGCAAUACGGAAAACCGUGAUCGCAACAGAAGAUCAUUCUCAAUGACCAUUAAGAGACAACCAGAUAUAAAACCAUCAUCUUCUGCAUCAUUACAUACCUCUUCCUCUUCAUAUUCACACAAUUCAAGCGCGUAUUUUCUGAAGAGAUGUGGCAGCGUGAAUUCAGAGAUCGAGAAUUCAAUUCAGGGAGCAAUUGCACACUGCAAGCAGUCUCACUCUCAGCAACCAUUCCGUUCAAGGAAGACAGUUAGUGAAGUUGGGAUUUACUUGUUAUCAUCUUCCAGCCUUGCAGUUUCUGGUGAUCAGGAAAUACCAGAACUUUGCAGGGGCUGAAAGACACUGAUAGAUAAUGAGAAAGUACAGAGUUAUAAGAUAUUAACAUCUUCUUUCUUCUUACAAGAUUCCUAUCUUGUGUACGCUAUGAGUCAAUGCAAAAUGUUGUUCGUAGCUAUCUGUAAUCUGUACUGUUUGGUAAAACAUGUAGGACUUUAUGGAAAUGCAACCUAUAACAUGUCUAUCUCAACUAAUUUCAGCAA